AUGGAGGAAGUGUGUUCCACUUGCUUGUGUUCCGGUCGAAAACUCGGGUGCAUCAAUGGAACAACUAUGUAUUAUUUUUACAAACAAAUAUUAAAUGAAAUUGCCGCUCCGGAAGAAUUACAGGUCAAAGUGUGUUGGGAGUGUCGAGCUCUUCUGAGGAGGUUUCAGGGCUUUCAGCAUCAAGUUAAGUGCUGCUAUGUGGAACUUGUCACAUGUUUACAGCAGAAUCCUUCCUUAAAGCUAUCUUUGGCUAGGACAUCUCAACUUCAGAGUCACUGUGUUACCAGCAUUAGUAUACCAGAUGUGAAACCACAAAGUCUGGAUAUCAAAAUUGAGAAUGAUGAGGUGCAUUGUGAGCCAGAGACCUUUGUUAACACCUGGGGACAGGAGACAAGGAGGAAGGAGGAAUUUGAGGUUAACCAUUGCAAACAAGAUGUUAGUGUAAAGCAAACAAAAAAAAGGGAGAGAGAGAAGACAAAGAAAAAACAAAAGAAGCGGGUGAAAUUGAAGCAGCCCAAGAUGAAGAAGGAGCUUUCCUACGACAGUGACGUGGAUUGUUUCAACAAUACAGAUGACGCGCAUGUCGGAACGACCCCAGUAGACGCAUGCGACACAGUCGAGAUUGGCAAAGGCAAGGAUGAACCUAUCAACACGGCGAGUCAGGUCGUCAACGAAGACCGAUGUGAUACAGAUAUCGGCGACGGGACGGAAGAUGACGUGGCGUUGGACAUAGUCCGGCGAGGCCCCGGGGUUCCACGGACCCGCGAAGUGUUGCCAGAGAGGCCUCAAUGUGUCGAAUGCGGAAAAAUCUUCAGCUCGAGAAAGACAUACCGAUAUCAUCUAAACGUACUGCACAAAGGACAGAAUCGCCACGAGUGUCCGAAGUGUGGGAAGGUGUAUCAGUGGAAAUCGAACCUAGGCCGACACAUGCGCACGCAUAAGGCGCGCGAGUCGGGUGAGCUGUACUGCGCCAAGUGCGACAAAUCGUUCGCGUCCGUCGCGACUUAUCGCCAACACGUGCGCAUCUCGCGGAGGCACGUCUCGGAGAGCGAGUUCACCUUCACGUGCGACGAGUGCGGCAAGAAGUUCGUGAACAAGACCCGACUGCGCGACCACGUCGAUUGGGAGCACCUCAACAAGAUCAAGUUCCGUUGUCAACUCUGCAAUAAGCCGUUCAAGUGCCACACGUCGCUGUACGUGCACAUGCAGAACGUGCAUCGGAACAAGGAGAAGAAGGACAACCUGUGCCACGUGUGCGGGAAGUCGUACCAGAAUGCGGCGAAACUGAAGUAUCACAUAAUAGCGAUGCACACGAGCGAGACCCCGUAUCAGUGCGCGGAGUGUGACGCUGCUUUCGGCUGGUACUCCUCGCUGUACAGGCAUAUCAGGGAGGUGCACUACAAGAUGAAGAUCCAGAGCAAGAAAGGUCGAAAAGACAAGAAGCUACAAUUGCCGGAGCUGUUGGGGCCGAACAACUAA